GGGCGGGCGUGCCGGCCCUUUCGGGAGCGCGUCCGGCGCCGACCAGACCCCGCGCGGACACUAGUGGGCACCUGUCUGCGUAGGCAGGGCUUUGGGGUCUGGGGCUGUCAACAAGCCCCCGGGCGCCGGCGACCCUGCUGCACGUUUGCACCGGGUGUGGGCAGGGUCUGGGUCUGCGUGAACCUCUUGGUGGCUCUUGUCAGUGUGUGCACCCACCUGUCUGCCGAGCUGGGGACCCUGGGGUUCUGACUGCCAGCUCUGGACGAUUGACAGUUGAUUUCACCGGGGAGUGCAUGGUGAGGAGCAUGCCCAGACCGUCUCUCGGAGCCUCCUGAGAGGACCCUGAACUCUGCUCCUGACCCACUGCAUUCUGCUCCUGAUCCAUCAGGGGAUGCCAGGAAGAGACAGUCCAGCUCCACCCCACAUGUACUCCAGCAGAGCCGUACCUUCCUCUGACUGAUGACCUAGUGAGCCUGACAGAAGACCUCAAGACCUCCAUCAACUGCUUCCCUUUUCUACUUGCUUGAAUCCUGUCUGAAGAGCUCCAGGCUCUAUCUAGCCUACAGAAUCAUUUAUUCAGUGGAUAAAUUUCCUAGGGCAGAGGCUAGUCAGUUUGUCACACUUUAUAGUGUAAAGAAGAGCUGAGCUGGAAGUUCUCCCUGGAUAUCAAGUGAAAGUAGAUUGAUGUUGGGGGAAGGGAAGGCAGGUCCUGGUUGAGCUGUGCAGUGGUCCCAAGGGUGGCCUCAGACUGGAAGCUAUGAGGAGUGCCCUAGUGAGUCUGGAUCUCUUGCCCCAACUCCCCAGCUUACUGUUCCUGAGCUUCUGUGCCAGACCACAGCUGGUCAUCUAGUAAGGAGCAGUCUACCCUGGGCUGGGUCCCUGCUCCCCAUACAUAUCUUUGGCCAAGUGGGUGAGUGUUCCCCUCCAUCCCAACUUUUCAUGUGUAGGUUAUGGUAGUUCUGACCUAGGACCUGCCACGGCUUAGGGCAAGAUCCCUAGGCCUCUGGUGGACCCAACAGAGGUAUCCUGUGUUGGUCUUGUGAUUGUCAAUGCAGGGUAGCCUCUGAGGCAGGGCACUGAGGGCAUUUGGCUCUUGGUCCUGAGGACCAGGGGCAUGUCACUGGUGCUAGCGUGCUGGACCUGACACUUAUCUGAGCUUCUUGGUGGUGGCCUCAGCCUCUCUACCUCUAAGAUGGGGUGACCAAGGGUCAUGGUGGAUGGGAGCCCUAGGCUCUGUGGUCCCUUGUCUGUGGAACAGAUGUGUUGAGGGCUCCCCAUGCCCUCGUGGGACCAUGUGUUCAGCUACUUGUCCAGACUGUCUGAGUGAACUCCAACUCAGCCCUCCCUGGCUAUGCUGUCUGGGGUCAGUAACUCAGCCUCUCUGUGCCUUGUGUGCUUUUAUGGUGUUGGUAGGCAGUUAUAGUGCAUUGUCAGGGCUUGGGGACACUCAAGGCCACACAUUCUGAACCUGUGGAGGGACUCAGCUCCAGGGCAUCAGUGCUGCCUGGUGGGUGGCUGGUAGAGGAGUAUCUGGUCAGUAGCUGGUGGUAGAUGCUUGCUGGCCGGUAAGGCAAUAGGCUAAGGCUUGCUGGGCUCCUUGGGGGCUCAAGAUGCCUCUAUGCCCUAUGCCAGCUCGUUCUAUCAGCCUCUAACUCUAUAGGGGAGGAUGGGGCUUACUAGGGGCUGCAUCCCUGGGGAGGGUGACUGGUGUUAUGCUGUGGUCUGUAGGAGUCCUGGGGUCCUUCUUGACUAGGCUGUGCUGGGCUCCAAGGGCCCUGCCUUUGAGCAGAUUCCUCCCUGGGGCGGGUUGCAAGGGCAGUAGGUGGAGUCCAAAAACCACAAGUUGGAGGCUAACCAGAAUCUCCUUAGGAAUUCUGAGGUUGGGGGCAAAAUGCCGGCAGGAUUGCCUUGGGUUGACAAGGGAGAAUUAGUAGAGACCAUUGUAAGGCCUACCUCCCUCCUGAGAGCCCAGGCACAUGAGACGCCUGGGAUCAUCAGGAGGCUGUGCUGUGACUAUGGGUAGUAUCACACUGUGGGGACCACUCCUGCCUCUGCCCUGGGGGCUCUGGCCAGGGUCGGGAGGCACAGGGCUCUUCCUGGGAUCUGGGCUGGUCUAUCCCUCUCCCUGCUGUCCUGGACCCUUGGUCCUUCUCACCCUGACACUUGGUGAAGGGCUUGAGUUCCUCAGGCUGGGGAGGGCAUCCAAGGGAGCAGGGCCUUUGGGCCUUGUAGUGGUGUCCAGGUAAGUGAAGGAGGCAGAGACCUCAGGUGCCCUGCAUCACCUCAAGACCCUAGCUUGGGACUUGGGCUGUCUGGAUGGGGAGGGCAGUGCCUGCUGGGGAGGCCCUCCCAUGGGUGUUGGGGUGGCUCAUCUGUCUUCCCAUGGUGAGUCAGACAGGGCUGGGGCUGGGUGUGGUUGGGAGAGGCUGCUGAUGGGCUCGGGGACCAAAGUUGGGGGCUGAGGCAGGGAUUCUUGCUGGGGUCUCUGUUGUGGUGAGGUUACUCAGAGAUGGCACUUGGCCCAUCGGCUUCUAUGGGCAGAGCCCCAGGUACUGUAGGCGCUUUCUGUCCCCUCCCUGGGCAGUUCCAGGUUUUCCUGUGGUGACAGCCUCUAGACUGGCUGCUUUAGCCCAGGUCUGGUGUAGAGGGUCUAGCCUUUCCUGGGCAGUCAGUCCAGCUCCACAGGACCAUGACUUGUGAGGGGGGGUAGCAGACAUUGGGGGUUGCUGAUAAAUGACUCAUUCUGCUAUUGGAGUCCCAUCUCAUUGGUAAGAGGCCCUCAGAGGCACUUGGAGGCAGUGGCAGGACCAUAGAGGGCUGAGUGGGGUGUGCUUCCCUUCCAGGUUGGCCCUGUUGCUGCGGUCUACUCUACUCUAGGCCUUCUCCCAAUGGGUGGGUGGAACAGGGUCUUACUCACUGGGUGGGAUGACGGUGUCAGUCCUCCAAGGACUUCUGCCACCUGUUGCUGCCCAGGACAGGCUGUGAGGAGGUAUCUGGGACCAGUGGACCUGGAUUGGCAGGCAGGGGAGGCCCUGCCCCUGGCACUAGGCCCAUUGGGCCAUGAGGCUGCUUCCUGCCAGGUGCGUGUUCAGGCCCAGCCUAGUCUUCCGGCUCCCAUUUCUUCAUUGGACCCAAGUCCCAGGCAUGGAAAAUCCCACUGUGUUUGGCAGGUCUGAGCAUGAGGGGUGGGGCAUCUGGGUCUCAGAGGCCACAGUUGGAGACCACAGUCCCUGUCCAGCUGGCCCCUCCUUUGAAUUCUGACCCUAGGUAAUCUGACCUCCUUCUCGGUUUGUGUUCCCCGACCCUUGUGCCCUGCUUCGGUGCCCUCAGCCACUCCCCAGGCUAUCUAACCAGGGAAGCAUUAAGACAGGGUAGAGCUGAGUGUUGGUCAGUGGAUGCAGCUGGCUUGCUCUGUCCCUGGCUGCCCUUCCAGGGCUUCAGAUCAGGGGAGAUCAUGGCCCCCUGAGAAUUGACGCUGGUCUAGUGCACAGGGUCUGUCUUGUCCCCUGGCUGGGUGAAUGGACCACAAGAGCAGCAGAUCCUGUGUGCUUUCAUGGCCUACCUGCGUGCUGUGCUAUGCGGGGGAAAACUCCAGGGGCUCACAGGGUGGUGAAGGAGGAGAUUUUUGAUGAUAACGCCAAGCUGCCCUGCUUCAAUGGACGAGUGGUUUCCUGGCUGGUCCUAGCUGAGGGUGCUCACUCGGAUGCAGGAUCCCAGGGCACUGACAGCCACACGGACCUGCCCCCACCCCUUGAGCGGACAGGUGGCAUCGGGGAUUCCCGGCCCCCAUCUUUCCAUCCAAAUGUGGCCAGCAGCCGCGAUGGAAUGGACAAUGAAACAGGCACAGAGUCCAUGCUCAGUCACCGGCGGGAACGAGCCCGGCGUCGGAACCGUGAAGAGGCUACCCGAACCAAUGGGCACCCAAGACGGCGGGACCUGGGGCUUCCCCCAGACAGCGCAUCCACUGCACUGAGCAGCGAGCUCGAGUCCAGCAGCUUCAUCGACUCAGAUGAGGAGGACAACACAAGCCGGUUGAGCAGCUCCACUGAGCAGAGCACCUCCUCCCGGCUUAUUCGGAAACACAAGCGCCGGAGGCGGAAGCAGCGCUUGAGGCAGACGGACCGGGCCUCCUCGUUCAGCAGCAUUACUGACUCCACCAUGUCUUUGAACAUCGUCACCGUCACGCUCAACAUGGAGAGGCAUCACUUCCUGGGCAUCAGCAUCGUGGGCCAGAGCAAUGACCGGGGAGACGGUGGCAUCUACAUUGGCUCCAUCAUGAAGGGCGGGGCUGUGGCCGCUGAUGGCCGCAUCGAGCCAGGAGACAUGCUGCUGCAGGUGAAUGAUGUCAACUUUGAGAACAUGAGCAACGAUGAUGCUGUGCGGGUGCUGCGGGAGAUCGUGUCCCAGACGGGACCCAUCAGCCUCACAGUGGCCAAGUGCUGGGACCCGACCCCUCGGAGCUACUUUACCAUCCCGAGGGCUGACCCGGUGCGGCCCAUCGACCCAGCUGCCUGGCUGUCCCACACGGCGGCACUGACAGGCGCCCUGCCCCGCUAUGGUACGAGCCCCUGCUCCAGCGCCAUCACACGCACCAGCUCCUCCUCACUAACCAGCUCAGUGCCCGGCGCCCCACAACUGGAGGAGGCACCCCUGACUGUGAAGAGUGACAUGGGUGCCAUCGUCCGAGUCAUGCAGCUGCCGGACUCGGGGCUGGAGAUCCGAGACCGCAUGUGGCUCAAGAUCACCAUUGCCAAUGCUGUCAUUGGGGCUGACGUGGUGGACUGGCUGUACACACAUGUGGAGGGCUUCAGAGAGCGGCGGGAGGCAAGAAAGUACGCCAGCAGCAUGCUGAAGCACGGCUUCCUGCGGCACACUGUCAACAAGAUCACCUUCUCUGAGCAGUGCUACUAUGUCUUCGGGGACCUAUGCAGCAAUCUCGCAGCUCUGAACCUCAACAGUGGCUCCAGUGGAGCCUCGGAUCAGGACACCCUGGCCCCGCUGCCCCACCCACCUGCACCCUGGCCCCUGGGUCAGGGCUACCCCUACCAGUACCCUGGGCCCCCGCCCUGCUUCCCGCCUGCCUACCAAGAUCCUGGCUUCAGUUAUGGCAGUGGCAGCGCCGGGAGUCAGCAGAGUGAAGGGAGCAAAAGCAGCGGGUCCACCCGGAGCAGUCGUCGGGCCCCGGGCCGAGAGAAGGAGCGCCGGGCAGCCGGAGCUGGGGGUAGUGGCAGUGAAUCGGACCACACGGCACUGAGUGGGUCAGGUGGCACUGGCUGGCGGGAGCGUCCAGUCAGCCAGCUUAGCCGUGGCAGCAGCCCUCGCAGCCAGGCCUCAGCUGUUGCCCCAGGGCUCCCCCCACUGCACCCCCUGACAAAGGCCUACACAGUGGUGGGCGGGCCACCUGGGGGGCCGCCUGUCCGGGAGCUGGCCGCUGUCCCCCCAGAGUUGACAGGCAGCCGCCAGUCUUUCCAGAAGGCCAUGGGAAAUCCCUGCGAGUUCUUUGUGGACAUUAUGUAACCAGCGGCUAGUGCCUUCAGCCCUGCCUGAGGCAGGGGAAGUCCGUGGUUGUGCUGUACUGGGAGCUCUGUAGGCUUGCCUUAGUGGCGGCCAGCUGGGACAGGUCAGCUGUGGGGCCUGGGCAGUGGGAACAGGCUGGAGAGGGGCUGAGGGCAGCCAUAAUCCCAUGGUUGGACUUGGCAUCCUGCCUGCUCCUGGUGGUAGAGCAGCUUGUAUCCUUGCAGACCCUCAUGGGGGGGCCAUCGCUGUCCUGAGGCGGGCCUGACCUGCCCCUUAGCAAGAGCCUCAGGAACCCCUUGACUUCUCCUUUGGGUGUGACCCCCUCCAGGGUGAGGAAGACCCUCUUGGGUUCCAUGUUGUCCCCCACUCUCCUAGAGCUGUGCACAGGGCCCCAGACUGAACCAGGAUCAAACACUCACCCCCCACAGUUCAUAGGCCUUGCCCAUUAGGCCCAGGGGGCUUCAAGGGGUAGGAUGUAGCCCACAGGCCCCUCUGGCUUCCUGAGGGGGUGUAACUUAUUUAUUUAUUGUUGGCCUGCCUGGUCUGGGGGCGGCAGCCGGUCACCCAGCUCAGGCAGUUUGCAUGUUCCCCCCUCCUGGGACUCAGAGCAAAUGUGGGGGACACAAGCCGUGACAGAAUGUGUGGAGGACAGUCAGUUGGGGAGACAGGAGAGUGGCCAGGCACCUGUGCACUGCGCGUGGCCCUCAGUCCAGGGCGCAGAUGCUGCAGGGUUGGGGUCCUAGGGAGGACCUGUCCCAUCCUUGCAGUCCUUGGUGGUCACCCACCCACACAUGCUGCUGCCUUCCUGGCAUGGCAGCCCCACCGUCUGCACUGUAGAUAUUGUGUCAAAGUUUGAGCGUCUGGCUAGUUCCUGUAGAGCUGCUUCUGUGUAAAUGCUGCUUCUGUG